AUAAAAUAUGAGCUUUAGAGUAGAAGAGUCUCCUCAAUUCAAGGAAGAAGAGUUAAAUUUAUCAAAAAUAUAUUAAUACAGAGAAUCUCAUUUCUCUGGGUUCUCUUUCCCUAGCAGUGUCAGACAUUAAAAAAGAAUGAAUUUUUAAGCCUCUGUAGAAACUAAGACUCCAACUCCAAAUUAAACCAAUAUUGAAAAUGCCCCUUGUGAACUUAGCUAUGAGAUAGAAAGAAUGAUAAAAGAAAGAGAACAAUUAUUUACAGAUGUACAAUAUUAUGAGCCUAAGAUUACUUUUAAUGUGGAUGAAUCACCACAAAGAAUUAGAAUUCAAAGAAAUAGUGCUCCUAUGCCAAAUACAUAAUUAUAUCACUUGAAUUAAUAAAUUAUAGAUGCAGAACAUACCUAUAAUUAGUACUGCUAUUAAUUAAUCUGA